AGCGAUUUUCGUCAUGUCGAUGACAACUGUUAAAGUGAGCAAUGUUUCUCUUGGAGCAACCGAGAGAGAUCUCAAGGAGUUCUUUUCCUUUUCUGGCGAUAUUCUAUACCUUGAGACGCAGAGCGAGACUGAGCGGACAAAACUGGCAUAUGUUACUUUCAAGGAUCUGCAAGGAGCUGAAACUGCGGUUCUUCUCUCGGGAGCAACGAUUGUUGAUUCUUCAGUCAUUGUCUCUAUGGCCCCUGAUUACCAACUAUCCCCUGAGGCUUUAGCUUCCUUGGAACCCAAGGACAGCAACAAAUCUCCCAGAGCAGGUGACUCCGUGUUGAGAAAAGCCGAAGAUGUUGUGAGCAGCAUGCUUGCAAAGGGCUUUAUCCUGGGAAAAGAUGCCAUAGCCAAAGCCAAGAGUGUUGAUGAGAAGCACCAGCUAACAUCUACAGCAUCAGCCAAAGUCGCAUCUUUUGACAAGAAAAUCGGUUUCACUGAUAAGAUCAACACAGGCACAGUCGUUGUGGGAGAAAAAGUCAGGGAAGUUGAUCAGAAGUACCAAGUCUCAGAGAAAACUAAAUCAGCAAUCGCCGCAGCAGAGCAGACAGUGAGCAAUGCAGGUUCAGCUAUAAUGAAGAACCGGUAUGUUCUCACAGGUGCCACGUGGGUCACUGGAGCCUUCAACAAAGUUGCUAAAGCUGCAGAAGAAGUUGGACAAAAGGCUAAAGAGAAAGUUGGUAUGGCUGAGGAAGAGGAUAAGAGGAAAGUGGUUGAUGAGUUUGCUAGAGUUCACUUGUCUGAAUCACCAAAGGCAGCUUCAUCAACGCAAGAAGCCGAACAUGAAUCAAAACUCUCUGAAUCUCCUAAAGCAAAGAAAGAAUCUGAACAUCUUGAGCCACAAUCGCAACCACUGCAGCAACAAUCUCCUCCACCUAUGGCUCCAGCUCCGGCUCCUGCUCAACCUUGAGAUAUGCAGACAAGUAAAGACCUUUCUGAUUC